CUGAAAAUGUAGACUUCAUUAAAGUAGAGACGCAAAAUGAAUUUAAACUACGAUUGAACAAUAUUGUUCGACGCCAUGUUGAGCUUAUAAGAUGCGUGGAUAUAAUAGAGACAACAUUCUCUAAAUCGACUCUAUGCAAUAUCUCAGUGAGUUCGCUCGUGAUGUGCAUUUCUGCCUUUAAUAUUACGACCAUAGAUGAUUUCUUUCUGAUGGUGCCAUUCAUUGCAUUCCUUAUCAUGUGGACCUUACAGGUGUUUGUUCUCUGUUACUACAGCGACAUGCUCAUUGAGUCUAGCUCUGAAAUAAGUAACGCUGUUUACAGAAGUAAAUGGUAUAAAGCGAAUUCGGUCGUGAUGAAGGAUUUACUUUUUGUUUUGAGAAGAUCCCAAAAGCCGUGUAAAUUAACUGCACUAGGUUUUACUGAUCUGAACCUAAGAGUCUUUAGUAAGAUUAUGAGUUCAGCGUGGUCCUACUUUGCUCUACUGCACACAGUUUACAAUAAAUAA